AUGAGAAAAGCUACCUUGGAGCGUUCGGUGGGGAAUUUCAGAGGUUGCACCUCAAAGAACAGAGAGCCCCCACACUCAGCUGCAUCACCCGCGAAUGAAGCAGGCAAGGCCAUGGGACUUACAGAGGCAGCGGGCGGUGCAGAGACUGGUGUGAGUGAAGUCCGUAGGCUCUGUCAUGGGUUGUAUGUGUUGAAUAGAGUGAAUUUCAGGAAAGAACAAUUUCAGCAGAAACUGCAGAUGCGUGAAGCUGAAGAAAAACAAAAACAGAAGUACGAUAAAGAGAGAGAGGAGAGAUUGCAGGCUUUACGCAACCAGGUCUCUAAAGUAGCUGAGGCCAACCCAGAGAGGAUGAUGGGAAACACAGUGGCGUGGAGAGUACGUCAACAGCCUGAAGAAGUGUUUACAUUACAAAGGCCACUGUACCAGCUAAAUACAUACACUGAUACACAGAUUGUGUCUGAUCCCAGAGUGCGUAUUGAACAAGCACUCAGAACCGCAGGUCUCCAUAACAUCCCUUAUGCAAGACAGAUUCUAUCUGAGAUCCAACCUCUGAAGCCACCCAGACGAGACACGGAGUCCACUGCCUUCAGAACCUGACCAAUAAUUAUAUGAAUGUAAUCAUCUUUUCAUAUAUACAAGUCAUGCUGUGUCUACCUGAGGUCUACUGUCUACAUAUUUUUAACCAUAUUCCCUUGGACACUUUAUUCAAUAUUUGGAGGAUUGAUUGAUACGUCAAAGUCUUGAUCUCAGAAGAGAAAGAAUAUUUCAUUCCUCAUGAUAUGACCAGCAUGCUUGAGGAA